AUGCUCUGCCUUUUUCUUUUUAAGUUCUUCUCAAGCUUAAACCAACAGGCUCACACCGUCUCUUUCAUCUCCACUCCAUGUAAUAUCGAUCGCCUACUCCCAUGGUUGCCGGAGAAUCUCUCCUCCGCCAUUAACUUCGUCAAGCUUCCACUUCCCGUCGUCGGCGACAACAAACUCCCGGAGGACGGCGAAGCCACCACCGACUUGCCUGUUGAACUUAUCUCUUACUUAAAAAUCGCUUACGACGGGUUGAAGUCUCCGGUGACGGAGUUUCUUGAAUCUUCCAAACCAGACUGGGUUCUUCAAGAUUUCGCGGCGUAUUGGCUUCCUCCGAUCUCUCGCCGCCUUGGAAUCAAGACCGGUUUCUUACGCGCUUUCAACGGCGCGACGCUCGGGAUUCUGAAACCAUCGGGGUUCGAAGAGUACUGUACUUGUCCGGCGGAUUUCAUGAAGCCGCCUAAGUGGGUUCUGUUCGAAACUCCGGUGGCUUUCAAGUUAUUCGAAUGCCGGUACAUUUUUCAUGGAUUCAUGGCGGAGACCACCGAAGGAAAUGUCCCCGACAUCCACCGUGUCGGCAGGGUGAUCGACGGCUGUGACGCCAUCUUCGUACGGUGCUGUUACGAGUACGAAGCUGAGUGGUUAGGAAUGAUACAAGAUCUUCACCGGAAACCGGUUAUCCCGGUGGGAGUCUUACCACCUAAACUGGAAGAAAAGUUUGAAGACACCGACACGUGGCUGACUGUUAAGAAGUGGUUGGACUCCCGGAAAACUAAGGACUCGUCGUGGUUCGGGGGAUACGAACCGGUCGAGCUUCCGGAAGGGUUCGAAGAGCGUACGGCGGGUAGAGGAAUGGUGUGGAGAGGUUGGGUUGAGCAAUUAAGAACACUGAGCCAUGAUUCCAUCGGUUUGGCCCUGACUCAUCCCGGUUGGGGAACGAUAAUCGAAGCUAUCCGGUUUUCUAAACCGAUGGCAGUACUGGUUUUUCUGAACGACCAAGGAUUGAAUGCUAGUCAUCGAGCAGAAGAAAAUUGGGUAUAUGAUCCCUCGGGAUGA